AUGGUAUGUCUGGCCGUUUCCCUGAUAGCGAUGCUGCUCGUUCUCGCGGUCGACCUUCUUAACCCCCAGCCCCAGUCGGAGGCUCGCAAGCACAAGCUCAAGACCCUUGUGCCUGCUCCCCGAUCCUUCUUCAUGGACGUCAAGUGCCCCGGCUGCUUCACAAUCACCACCGUCUUCUCGCAUGCCCAGACCGUCGUCAUCUGCGCUGGCUGCUCUACCGUCCUUUGCCAACCCACCGGUGGAAAGGCCAGAUUGACCGAGGGAUGCUCUUUCAGGAGAAAGUAG